UCUAAGAAAUCCCCCAAUCACUAAAUUGAAACCUAGAUUAGAGAUCCCUAAAUCUUUUCCCUAAUUUCUUUCUUCCUUUCCCUUCGAAACCCAUCUGAAUCCCUUCCCUUCAAAACCCAUAUGAAUCCUUAAAUCAAAAUUUUGAAAAUCAAAAAUCUGGGUUUCUUCCUUUCUUUCGAAACCCAAAUUAGAAAUCCCCAAUCUUUUCCCCAAUUUCUUUCUUCCCUUCAAAACCCAUCUAAAUCCCUAAAUCAAAAUUCCAAAAAUUAGAAAUUUGGGUUUCUUCCUUUCUUUUGAAACCCAUUUUGCCUGAAUCGCUAAAACACAUUCAAGCUCAAGGCUACUGGUUUUGUCAUACUCUAUUUUGUUUUUUUUUUUUUACUCUCGAGUUACUGGCUUUCCUUUCGAGCAGACUAAGAAGAAGCCCACGGAGCGGUAGCAGCUACGACUUCUUCCUUCUAUUCUGGGCUUACUUUCCAAGUCCAAUAGCAAUGGAUUCUGUAUCAGCAAACCAUAUUCAAGAAGUUUGGGUGCUGACAAUGUCUACAGCCAGUCAGGGUUUUGGUUCUCCUUCUACGCCACAAUCACGCUGUAAUUGUCAGCAAAUUGGAUUUUGCUACUGUUAUCUUCCACCGGUAAGGAAAACUUCAUUAACUAGUUUUAACUAUGGGAAAAGGUCUUGGGGUUGCUCCAAAUAUCCAAAAGAUGAUGCUAAAAUAGUUCAAUGGUAUGAGCAACAUCCGGAUGAGAAAAAACCAUGGUGUGAUUUUUUUGUUUGGUUUGAUGGUGAGUUUGACCCUCAGGCAAAGGCAUGGUUAACACGCUAUUGGGAGAAGCAACAAAAAAUGUUAGAGAAAGAGAAAACAUUGAUGACUGAGGUUCUUGAGGUGAAAAAGGAGAAUUUGGAUUUUCAUAGGGAACUUCAUGUGUUGAAGGAUUCAUAUUCAGAACUGGAAAAAAAGGUUGCUACUUUUGAGAGGUAGAUUGUUGGAAGUAUUAAUGUACUGAUGUUGUUGUCAAAGUGACUAAUGUAUUUUGCAAUUUAAAUGAAAUGGCAAAUCUUUCUGGACCAUUCUUGUUUCUUUUAUAGCUAUAUCAUAAACUGAUAUAUCAUAAACUGGUAUAUUGCUAUUGCAUAAACUGAAAAUGAAAUGGCAAAGCUUUU